GCUAUCCCUUGUUGCUGACUAUAGCGAUGCCUGGUUACUCUCUCUGACUUCUUUCAAGGCCAAUAAGCAUCGAUUUGAUGCACCUGAUAGGGUUAGCCUGUAUACAAGGAUCGCUAAUCUUCCAACACUGUCUACUGAGAUUCGUACUUGGGAAGCCCAUAGAGAGCAAGGAAAGAAAAAAUCACCCGCUUCCAGUCAAAGCCACACAGCUAAACCUAGACCGAGGACGAUCUAAAGAUGAGCCACAGCCGUCAAAAGCAAUAAUAUCGGAACCAAAGGAGGAUGAAGCAGCUGGUGUGGAAGAUCAGAAGGAAGAGGAGGAGGACCAAGAUAAAGUGUGUACGGAAUGUGGACAGAAAGAAUGGUGGGUUUCUUGUUCCAAAUGUGGCAGUUGGACCCAUGGAAACUGUGCCAACAUUUCCUCUUCGUCCGAGCUUGUCAAGAAGAAGGAUAACUAUGCAUGUCUGUCCUGUACAAAGCCUCCUAAAAAGAGAAAGUUUCGAUCAUCAUGAUCUGUACACUCAUUAGUCAUUACCUUUACUCUUUUAGGAUUACAAAUUUGUAUACUUGUUUACUUGCGUUACUCUGGUCUCUGCAGUGCCUCUGUUGUCCCAUUGAAACGAUGUCGU